GUGACGCAAUCGGAGGCGUUGGCCGCUGUUCAGUGACAUUCAGUCCGAUCACCAGGAGCCGAGUCGACCUGUUGAAGACUUGUUUUUAAUUCUUUCAGCACAGAUUCAGCGGCUCUGAGACGUUGACUCGUCCUCUCUGUAAACCCAGUGGAGAUGAUCAAAAACGGACACCACGUUACCGAGGACCAGGGCGAAGACGCCGGCUGCAGGAAACCGGGUGCCUCCGCCUGUAGCCCGGAGAAGAGGAAGAAGGUUGUCCGGCUGUGGUGCGAUGGAUGCUACGACAUGGUGCACUAUGGUCACUCCAACCAGCUGCGGCAGGCUAAAUCUAUGGGAGAUUACCUCAUUGUGGGGGUGCACACAGACGAGGAGAUUUCCAAACACAAAGGUCCUCCAGUUUUUACGCAGGAAGAACGCUACAAGAUGGUGCGAGCAAUCAAGUGGGUGGAUGAGAUAGUUGAGGGAGCACCUUACGUCACCACCCUGGAAACUCUGGAUAAAUACAAUUGUGACUUCUGUGUGCAUGGAGAUGACAUCACACUAACAGUCGACGGUAAGGACACUUAUGCAGAGGUGAAGCGUGCUGGGCGAUACCGAGAGUGCAAGCGGACGCAGGGUGUUUCCACCACCGACCUGGUGGGACGAAUGCUUCUAAUGACCAAAGCCCACCACAGCAACAUGGAUAACACUAAUUACCAACAGCACACUGACAACUUUGGAAGGGGUGCUACAGUCCACAGUCCCUGGACAGGGGUGUCUCAGUUCCUACAAACGUCCCAGAAGAUCAUCCAGUUCGCUUCAGGAAAGGAGCCUCAGCCUGGAGACACCAUCAUUUAUGUGGCGGGAGCAUUUGAUCUUUUCCACAUCGGCCAUGUUGACUUCCUGGAGAUGGUUUAUAAGCAGGCAGAUAAGCCCUAUGUUAUUGUUGGACUGCACUUUGAUCAGGAAGUGAAUCGCUACAAGAGGAAGAACUACCCGAUCAUGAACAUCCAUGAAAGAACCCUGAGCGUCCUCGCCUGUCGGUAUGUGUCAGAGGUGGUGAUUGGUGCUCCUUAUGCAGUGGGCAAGGACCUGCUGGAUCAUUUUAAGGUGGAUUUGGUGUGUCACGGCAAAACAGAGGUGUUCCCAGAUAAGGACGGUGCGGACCCAUACGCUGAACCUCGGAGGAGGGGAAUAUUCAGGACCAUUGACAGUGGGAACAAUCUCACCACUGAUGACAUCGUCCAAAGGAUAAUUGAAAACAGGCUCCAGUUUGAAGCCAGGAACCAGAAAAAGGAAGCUAAAGAGAUGGCAGUGAUCGAAGCCAUGAAGAGGAGAGAACACCAGCAGCAGGAGGUGCUGCAAGAUGAAGCUACAGCCCAUUAAUGCGCCUGGACCGUUUUUAAUUUGGUUUAUUUGUCCUGGUACACUCAGGUUUAAAAAAAAGACAACCCGGCAGAGCCUGACCGAGAGUCCAUGUUGUCCUCAGCCAAAUCUGUCCAGUUUGUUUCUGUUCAGAUCCGGUUCACGCUCUGAGUCUUCAAGCAAAGAAAAAUCAUCUUAAUACCUUUAUUUCUCUAUUUCCUCCGAAGAAAACUUUACUUUGCUCUCUGUUAGGUUUAGUUUUUCUCAUUUGAGCCACACACUACAUGAGAAAGAUGUUGAGUCUGGGAUUUUAUUCAUAACUUAUUGACUGAGUGUUAAUGUCAGACUUUUAAACAAAGGAGUUUUAAUGUGUCAUCAGUUAUGUUUAACCUGCUGUAUUUUAACAACCUUUAAGUUCUGGUUCUAACUUUGUUUUUGUCCUCAUUGUAUAAAAGAAGGCAUAACUUUGAUAAAAUAAUAGUCUGUAGAUUUAAUCUGUGGAUUUUAACCACCUGAAUUUGCACCUAGUGUGAAUGUGAGUCAGUGAGCGCGUGCAGACAGAGGUGAAUAGAUGAGUGUGUUUUUAAAGGAACGUAGUGCCUCAAUCCUGAAGCUAUAAAUUAUUCUAAGGGCUGUUCGUUCAAACCGCUUCUGUCUCUGCAGUUGUCAUAUUAAAUUAAUGAAGUUUCCUCCGUUUUUAUGAGACAAUCCAAAACAAGAGAGGAUUUUCAUGUUUAUACCCAUCUAUUUUUAUAGAGUUCUGUUAAUGUGAUCAGUCAACGUUAAAUGGUCUCAAAGUGUUAAGAUCUAAACUUAAAAACUAUGGAUACCUUAAUUGUGGUGCUUUUCUCCGCCUCUAACUAUUUUUUCUGUGUGUGCGUUUCACUUUGUGAAAUAAAUGGGUAAUCUAUGAAAA